UCGAUUUUUUUCAGUACCCAUAACAGUGUUAUUGUGUAAACUUUUUUGAAAUGGCGACGUCUGACAGUGAAGUCGAAUCUGGGGCGAGGGGUCGGGUAAUCGAGAUGAAACCCCUGAACAGUCGUCGGCAAGCGAGAGAAGGCCAACGAAAGCUCGUUGUUCAGUCGAAGGAGGACAUGAUUCGGGCUUGGCGGCCGAUUUUUGACCAGUUCGAUCACGAUGGAGACGGAAAAGUUCCGCUGGCGGAACUGAGCCACAUCUUCCGGGGAACCCCGGAAGGAAGAGAUGUUCCGCAAGAAGUUAUCGACGACAUCUUGGAUAUGGCGGAUUCGAGUCGAGACGGAUAUCUGGAUUUCGAAGAAUUCAUAAACAUGGUGAGAGGACAAGCGAUCGGUGCUCAUCGACCGAUGGUGAGGAGAAUGGUUCAAUACGCGGCAUUCGUCGUAGUGCCGAGAAAAGAGCGAAGGAAAACCGUGACGCGGUACAUCAAUGAAUAUUCGUGCUUUCCGCCGCCAUUGUUCAUCCCGCUCAUCUCAGCCAUUGAGAUUGCAUUGUUCGCAUAUUUCUCGUACACGACGGAUGUCGAAGGGCCGAUCAAGGCUGUUGGUCCGAUACCCACGGAAUCUGACUUGAUUUACGACCCGACGAAACGAUACCAAGCUUGGCGGUUUCUCAGUUACAUGUUGGUUCACGCGGGAUGGACACAUAUCAUAUUCAAUGUGCUCAUUCAGGUGGUGCUCGGAUUACCGCUCGAGAUGGUGCACCACUGGUGGCGCAUCUUGUUGAUUUACUGUGUGGGGGUCAUCUGUGGAUCCCUGGGUACGUCCAUCACUGAUCCGAAUGUUUACCUUGUGGGCGCAUCUGCCGGGGUGUAUGCCAUCAUGGCUGCGCAUUUAUCAGCUGUUAUUUUGAACUGGUCGGAAAUGGACUUCGGAUGGUUCCGACUGGUCUUUUUCUUCGUUCUCACCGGGAUUGACGUUGGAGUCGCUGUCUACCAUCGUUAUAUGGAUGUCGAUACGAAGGACACUGUGACGAGUCACGUGACAUUUGGGUCUGGGAGUCCAGACAGUGAUCACACGAUAAAGGAGAGAGUGAUGAGAAUAGGGAGUGAGGGGGUCGGGGGUGCAGUGGCGCGGAAUUCCGCUGACGUGGCUUCCUUGUCCGGCGAGAAACUACACCACCGUCUGCGUCAGCCGCUACUAGUCGGGUAUGCUGCACAUUUAGGAGGUGCACUUGCAGGACUGCUUCUGGGCAUCGUGGUGUUGCGAAAUUUGCGCAAACAGAAAUGGGAGCUGUAUGUGUGGUGGGUCUCGCUUGUGCUACUUGCUGCGAUCAUUUUGGCAAUGAUGGCGUGGAACGUCGCGUUUCCGUCCUACUUUCCGGCGCAAACGUACUGA